UAAGUCAAUUAAAAACAUGUUUCUCUGAAAUAAGAAUUUGCGAUUGCCUUUCAACUUUAUUAUGGUCUAAACUGUUCAAGUAAGCAAAUCAGUACCGAAAUCAUAUUUUUGCCUAUCAAGAGCAACAAGUGUUUCAAUUAAAAUAAAAUAUAAUGGCAAAAGGAAAGGGGGACCGAAUUACGACACAAAAUUCUAAUAUGACUAAAAACAUUAUUAGAACAAAUGUUGCUACUUCGCUUACUGAGAGACAGAUUUGGGAUUGUCCACAACUUCUAUUAACGCAUAAAACUAUAUGUCGCGAACAUUUACCUGUGCCACAGAACACUCCAAGAGGUUUGAAAAAUUUUCAUGGAAAUGGUGUACUGCCACUGACAGGAAGGAAGAUCUGCGAUUGUCUGAAGGAACAACCAAAACCGAAAAUAUACAAUUCAAAUCAUAUGCUGUUGAAAUGUGCCGCUGGAAGUGAUACCAAAAUUUUGGCAAAAAAAGUUAAAAAGUCUUGUGGUAAGAAUCUUAUACCGCCAUGUAAUACUCCAAUAGAGUACGCACACCGUUCAGAUAUGUGUUAUCAGUCGAAAUCCUAUACUAAAUAUAUUAAUAUAAUCGAGGAACCGACUUCGACCACGAAGUUAAAAUGUGGUUCAAACCAUGCCAAAUGUUUACCUAUUCAAUCGGAAUUGAAACAAAAGAAAAGUUCCACUACAAAUUGUGCUUCAAAAUCGAAACAGCAUUUACCAAACCAAAAGCAGAGGCAACAUUGGAAUAAACUUCGCUCCCUUCAACCUGAUGUAGCAAAUUCCAUAGAUGCUAUAAUUGCAAGAAAGCUUACACGCAAACUGAAUUUUCCACGUAAUGUUUCAAUUUUCAAAAAUCUUAUAUCGCUGAAUGUCGAGGAUCAUGAACCACCACCAACCAAAAACAAGACAAAAUCAUCUAUUCAAAAAUUCGGCAAACCACCUAGCAAAAAUCCGCCAAAAAAGUCUUAAUUUGUAGUUUAUAGGAAAAUGAGUAGCUCCGCAUGAGAUAUAUUUUUUAUACGAAUGCAAUUAGCCCAUUUAUAAAUUUGUAUAAAAUAUGCAGGCGAAAGAUCCAAAUUUACAUCGAAUUACUUUUAAUAAUUAUUCGUUUUUUCGUUUAAACACUUAUUUAAUGAAAUAAAAUUUACUUCAG